GAGGAGGAUUCCCUACAGAUAGAGGAGAAGAUCAAAUGGGGGGACGGCUUCGCUGUGGUCUACUCCGUGACGGACAGGUGCAGCUUCGAUGAGGUCAUGCGGCUGUGCUUCCUCAUCAACCACAUCCACUCCAGCCCCAAGCGGAGCAGCGGGAGCGAGCAGCCCCCCGUGGUCAUCGUGGGCAACAAGAAGGACUUGCAGUUCGACAGGAUGGUGUCCACGGAGGACGGCGAAAACCUCUCGAAAGCUCUGAAGCUCCCUCUCUACGAGAUCUCCACCCGGGACAGCUAUGAAGAGACCGUGGCGGUGUUCAACACCCUCUACCAGGAGCUCAUGAGACAGGGGCAUUUCUCCCCGGGCUCCUUCAAGAGGAGGACAGUGUCGAAGCUGAUGGAGAAGAUCCCCAAGAUGCAAGCCAGCUCCACCUUGAACUCCGCGGGCCGGAGCCUCAGCUUUAACUCCUUCAGGGACUACAUCCCUGAGUGA